AUGUUGAAAAAGAGCCACGGCGGCGACGACGAGAAAGGCCGCCAGGUCGUCUCCGCCGCGGACCUCGAGCCCGUGCGAUGGAUCAAGCCGAACGUCUUCCAGCAGCUCGUCUUCGCGCAAGCGACGCCGCUCAUCUCGCGCGGGCAAGUCCGCCGCCUCGAGCCGCACGACCUCUGUAGGCUCCCGGAGAUGGAAUCUCAAGCGCUGUGGCACGCGUUCGAGCGCGACUGGGCUGAGGAGCGAGAGCGAAAUCCGGAUAACCCGUCGCUCGUGCGCGCGUGCUUGAAGGGGUCGAGGCCGACGUUCGUGGGCACGGGGAUUCUGUACGCGAUCGCGCAGGCGUCGCUGUUCAGCGGGCCGGUGCUGCUGCAGCAGAUCGUGAAGGCGAUCGAAGAAAACGGCGGCGACGGGUGCGCGUCCACGCGACAGAUGUACAUAUACGGGAUGAUCCUCACGCUCGCGGGGGUACUUCAGUCGUUCUGCCAGGCGCAGAGCGACUACGCGCUGCAGCGGCUCGGCGUGCGCGUGCGGAACCGGCUCAUGUGCGCGCUGUAUCGCAAGUGCCUGAAGCUCUCGCCGAAGGGAUUGCAGGCGCGUUCUGAGGAGACGACGGGGAAGAUCGUGACGCUCAUGUCGAACGACGUCAACAAGCUCCAAGACGUGUUCCAGCUGCUUCAUAACCUGUGGUGCGCGCCCAUCUUCAUCGUCGCCGCGUUCGCGAUGCUCUACCUCAUCAUCGGCUGGAGCGCGUUCGUGGGCUUCCUGUGCAUCCUCGUCGCCGCGCCGUUGACGUUCAAAGUCGCGAAGACGCUGUUCAUGAUUCGGUUCAAGCUCGUGAAGUGCGCGGAUCGACGCGUCAACAUCCUCAGCGAGGUCAUCAACGGCAUGCGCGUCAUCAAGUACUACGCCUGGGAGAAGGCGUUUAAAGCGCGCGUGGAUAAAAUCCGCGAAGAGGAGGUGAAGCUGAUUUGGGCGUCGCAGAAGGUUGGCGCGCUGUUCGGCGUGGCGCUGUUCAGCACCCCGGUGUUCAUCGCCGUGUGCUCUUUGGGGUCGUACUCGCUCGCGGGGAACGACAUGGAGGCUAGCACGGUGCGUCGUCGCGUCUUCGUCUUCGUCUUCGUCUUCGUCUUCGUCUUCAAAUUCGUUUCGUUUCUUUUCGUGUCGUGUCGUUCGUUCGCGUACACCGCGCUCGCGUUGUUCAACAUGCUGCGGUUCCCGCUCAUCAUGGUGCCGUUCCUUCUCACGACGUUGCUCAACGCGCUCAACGCGGUGGACCGCCUCGGCGCAUUCUUGCUUCAGGACGAGAGCGACGACCUGGAGCGCGACGCGUCCGAGCCAGGGCGCGUGGUCGUGACGAACGGCCGCUUCGCGUGGCCAAAGGUUCCGAAAAAAACCGAGGCGCCCAAGUUCCCCCCCGGGCCGCAAGGCCGCAAGAUGAAGAAAGCGUGGGAGGCGGAGCAGAAGGCGAAGAAGACCGCGGAGGACGAGGCGCGCGCGGAGGCGGAGGCGAAGGGCGAGGAGUUCAUCGUCGACACGGACGAGCCGGAGCAGCCGCCGUUUGAGCUCGGAGGCGUCGAUCUGGAUUUGAAACCCGGGUCGCUGACGAUGGUCAUCGGCCGCGUCGGGUCCGGGAAGUCCACGUUCCUGUCCGGGCUGAACUACUUCGUCCCGCGCGUGGAGGGCGAGAUGAAAGUCUCCGGGUCCGUCGCGUACGUCGCGCAGCAGGCGUGGAUCCUCAACAGCACCGUCCGCGAGAACAUCCUCUUCGGUAAGCCCUACGACGAGGAAAAGUACCAAAAGACCAUCGCGGCGUGCCAGCUCGAGCAAGACCUCGACGUGCUCCCGAACAAAGACUUCACGUACAUCGGCGAGCGCGGGGUGACGCUGUCCGGUGGGCAGAAGCAGCGCGUCGCCAUCGCGCGCGCGGUGUACGCCAGCGCGGACGUCUACCUCAUGGACGACCCGCUCAGCGCCGUGGACAACCACGUCGGCGCCGCGUUGUUCGAGAAGGUCAUCGCGGGGUCGUUCAUGAAGAAAGCCACGCGCGUGCUCGUCACGAACGCGCUUCAGUAUCUCCCGAAGGCGGACUCCAUCGUCGUCCUCGACGACGGCGAGGUCGUGGACGUGGGGACGUACAAGGAGCUGAUGGCGAAGGGGUUGGACUUCGCGACGCUCAUGGCGGCGCACGGCGUCGGCGCGUUCUAUCUCACACUGGUCCCCGUACGACCGCACGACGACGAGAAAAAACGCGCGUCGCAAGACGGCGGAUCCGGCCGGCCGUCCACAGAUGGACGGAAAUCGUCCGUCGGGUCGCGCCCCAGCGUGGACGGCAAGUCCCCGAGGAGCCCCACGGCGGCCGCGGCGAAGCCCGGCCCGCCGAUCGCGCCGCCGCCGCCGGGCCGCCCCGGGAAGAAGGAGGAUAUGAACGUCGAAGAAGAGCGCGCCGUCGGACACGUCAGCGGCGCGGUGUACGGCGCGUUGUACCGCGCGACCGGGUCCAAGUUCAGCGUCCCGGUCAUGGUGUUCAUGUUCGCGAUGGAGUACGGCUCGAAGGCGACGCUGGAUUACUGGCUCUCGCGAUGGGCCGCGGACUCGUACGGGUGGGAAUCGAACCGGUACCUGGGGGUCUACUUCGCCAUCUUCGUCUUCAACGGCAUCGCCAUCUUCCUUCGGUCGCUGUUCAUCUACUUCUUCCUCGUCCGCGCGGCGAAGAACAUGCACGAUCAGCUCAUCGGACGCGUGAUGAAGUUCCCGAUGGCGUUCUUCGACACGACCCCGAGCGGACGCGUCAUCAACAGGUUCUCCAGAGACACGGAGACGAUCGACAUCAUCCUCCCGGGCAUCAUCAUCCAAUUCUUGGGCUGCAUCGCGUCCAUCUGCACGACGCUCGCCGUGGUGUGCGCCGCAACGGGCUGGUUCACGCUCGCGAUCCCGCCGAUCGUGUUCAUGUACGUCUCCAUCCAGCGCUUCUACAUCCCCGCGUGCCGCGAGCUGCAGCGCAUCGAGUCCAUCUCGCGGUCGCCCAUCUACAGCGGCCUAGGCGAAGCCGUCAACGGCGUCGAGACGAUUCGAUCCUUCGGCGCGGAGAAACAUUUCAUCUCGACGAGCGACGGGCUCGUGCAACACAACGCGGACGCGUACGUCACGCAGAAGCUCGGCAGCGGCUGGCUCGGAACUCGGCUCCGGUUCCUCGGGACGCUCAUCGUCGCGUGCACCGCGUUCCUCGUGAUUCAAGGCAGCCGCGCGGGGACGGUGUCCGCGGGCGUCGCCGGUUUAUGUUUGGUGUACGCGUUGGACGUGACUAAGGCGCGUCCCGUACGCUGGUCCCCAUACGACCCCGUCGGCGUGGUGAAGGCCGAUCCUUAA